UUCCAAAAAAAUUUGAACCGAACAAAUAAUACAAAUUUUAAAAUUCUGGCAAAAAUAGAGAAUAGAAAAGAGAUAGCAGCGAUUCUUACUCAUCCCCAAUUGUUGCGUGUGAGGCGGUGGUGAGUACGCAGACAUAAUCUGGAAUGGAAGCGACGAAGGUAGUAACAGUGAAAGCAAUGGAAGCAACUCCGUUAACUUUCAAAGACUACGGCCAGGUCGUCGAGGCUUCGCCGGACGGCGAUGAAUUUGGUCCACACGACGCUCAACUCGACCUUACCCAUGGAACUCCCAGCUUAUGUAUUUGAUAGGUUCUACAUUAUGCAUCUUGAGAAUCGCCCGCUCAAGUUUUCUAGUAUUACACAUCAUGCAAGCGUGACUCAGUGCCUCGGAUCUGUUGGUGGGCAUGCCUGGUAUCUUGGAGUGGCAAAGUCAUCCAUUGUUGAUUCAAAUGAAACAAAGGAUGACACGGGCAAGAAGAUUGUGCAGUCCCGUUGCGGUCAUUCAUACGUGCCUCCUGACAUUGAUGGUGUCCAAGUUUUCAAGGUUUCAGGUUCCAAAUUUCUUAAGCUUAACCGAGGAACGUGGCAUGCUGGCCCUCUAUUUAAGGCAGAUGCAAUGGACUUCUACAAUCUAGAGUUGAGCAAUACAAACGUGAUUGAUCAUACCCAACACAACUUUAAGGACAAUGGAGUGGUCUUUUUAGUUGAGGAGUAACUUCAGAAUUUUAUCUAGUUUCCAGCAUUUCAACUAUUUCUGUAUAUUGUUGGUCAAUAAAUGACAAAUGUCAUUUGUAUAUAAUUUCUGGGAAGUUCAGCGUUCUG